AUGUACGACCAGCUGAACGAUGCAUCUAUGAGCCACAACCGACAGCUUGGUGGUUACAUCACAUUGCUGCAGAUUUACGAGCACUUUCCCUCGGUCGCGGAUUCCACCGCUGAUCAGGACUACGACGAGGCUUCCCCGCGUGCGUGGAGCACCGGGAGGUCCGGGACUUCCUCGUCAGAUCAUGCUAUCCCGGUCUCUUGCGUUGGGGGACCUGUUGUUGUUUAUUACCAACCGGAGAGGGUCGUGCGGCAGUUUGGCUACACGCAGACCAUUCCUGCUCCUCCUGUCAAUUCAUGGGUCUCGUAUGAUGAUAUACACGAUAGGUGGAUGCACUACGAGGAUCAUAUUGUUCCAGCAGGUGAGGUGUGCGUUGUGCCAGGCCAGUGUUCCAGUGACUACAUGGACUGGUUCUUUCGCAUCUCCCAUCCUUUCAUGACACCAGGCCACACAUCAGAUCCUCUGUCUCAUGGUCACGCCCUGUAG